AUGGGGAGCCAGGGGCCUGGCGGGCCGCCCCGCGGCGGGGCUCCCUACACGGUUCUGCUGCUGCCACUGGGGACAAGCCGCCGGCACCCAGGGGCCCGGAGCUUCUUCCUCUGGCUGCAGAGGAUGCAGUCUCUGGAGAGGGAGCAGGACGCCCUGUGGCAGGGGCUGGAGCUGCUGGAGCGCGGCCAGGCCUGCUUUGAGGGCCGUCUGAGGGAGGCACUGCAACAACAGCAGCACCUAGGGGCUCUUGGUGAGAAUUUUCUAACAGAUUUACACUCAGAGCCUCAUGGCCCCCAGUUAGCCCAGAUUCAAAAGGUGAACGUGUGUUUGCAGAAUCUGAUUCAGAAGGAGUUGUCAAGGCAGCAGAAGGGAGGCAUUCAGCCAAAAGGCGAGACCGCUCAGCCGGGCUGCCCCAAGAUGCAGAGGGGCCCAACCCGUGUGUAAAGCCUCCUCUGGGUUUCCUCAUUUGGUGAGGGGGGAGGCUGACUCAGAACCCCCAGUCUCCUCAUUCUGACU